UCACUGUCAAUUGCAUUACGUCACUUGACGUUGGACGUCAUAGUCAUUCAUAAAUCUUAUAUUCGAUAUUCGCUGUUUGCUGUGGUCGUUGUAUAAGGAAUUCGCGUAGACUGACCAGAGUCCGCGGAUUUCUAGUAUAUACUAGAGCAGAGCUGUUUCUUGAAGAUACAUAUUCAUUGUCCGGAAAGAACUUCCAGCAGUAAAGAUGUCGCAAACGCUAACUUUCGGUGACUCAUGCGCUCCGAUAACGUGCCACGCGUGGAACAAGGAUAGAACUCAAAUCGCAUUUUCACCCAACAACAAUGAAGUUCAUAUUUACCAAAAAGAGGGAAAUGAAUGGAAGCAAACCAAUAAUCUGGUGGAGCAUGAUUUGAGAGUUAUGGGCAUUGACUGGGCGCCCAACACUAAUCGAAUUGUUACUUGCUCAGUUGAUCGUAAUGCUUACGUGUGGACGCAGGGCGAUGAUGGGAAAUGGACCACUACACUGGUCCUUCUGCGUAUCAACCGUGCAGCCACUUGCGUAAAAUGGUCACCCGCAGAGAACAAGUUUGCUGUUGGUUCCGGUGCAAGAUUAAUUUCAAUUUGUUACUUUGAGAAAGAAAAUAACUGGUGGGUCUCCAAGCAUAUUAAAAAGCCCAUCCGCUCUACUGUGACUACAUUAGAUUGGCAUCCAAACAACAUACUUCUAGUUGCUGGUUCGGCGGACUUUAAAGUCAGGGUCUUCUCUGCCUACAUUAAAGAUAUUGAAGAUCAACCUGGUCCAAAUGUUUGGGGUUCCAAGUUGCCCUUGGGGCAACUGUUGGCUGAAUUCCCUAAUUCACCUUCGGGAGGUGGAUGGGUACAUAGUGUUUCUUUCUCUGCGGAUGGUAAUAAGGUGGCUUGGGUCGGACAUGAUAGCUCUAUCAGCAUCGCUGAUGCCACUCAAGGAAAGUCAAUGAUCAAAGUUAAGACUGAAUACCUGCCAUUUUUGGGAUGUAAUUGGAUUUCUAAUAACUCACUGUUGGUGGCGGGUCAUAGUUGCAUUCCAUUGCUUUACUGCCAUGAUGGUGAUGAAUUGCGUUUCGUAGCCAAGUUAGAUAAUACUCAGAGGAAGGAGUCUGGCGGCCUCUCCGCCAUGAAGAAGUUCCAGUCGCUGGAUCGUCAGGCCCGCAUUGAAACAAGUGACACUUACUUGGAUUCCAUUCAUCAGAAUGCAAUCACUUGUAUUAGCCUCUACAAAGGCACCAAGGCCAAUGCUAAGAAGUUUAGCACCUCCGGCCUGGAUGGUCAACUCGUCAUUUGGGAUUUGGAUUCUUUGGAGAGGUCGAUUGAGGGACUUAAAAUCGUUUAAUAACACAAACUGCAUUUAAUACUAUUAUUUUUUAUUUAUUAUAUAAUGGAUAAUAUAGUUAUCGUGCGAGCUCUGCAAUCACUCAAUAGGAAAAGAUCGAAAGGAGGAAAGCUGUGGGAAUUCACGAUCACAGUUGAAUCAGUCUAGCGCAGAAAUGAAUAACGUGAAGCGGUCAGCGGCGAGUGACGUCAGCUCUCCGAACGGUAAAAACUUUCAAAUAUACAGAAUAAAAUAUUAUUUAUAGGUACAACGUCUAUGAUUUAUACAAUUAAUUUUUUUUUAACAUUGUUAAUCAAAUAAUUUAUAUAAAUUAAAACAAUAAGACUACCACACACUAUAUAUAAUAGAUCAA